AUGUUCUUUGAUGGAGCUAAGAACUUGAGCGGAUCCGGCAUCGGAGCUGUUUUGAUCUCACCAACUGGGCAACAUUAUCCGGUAUCAGCCAAACUUAGGUUCCUCUGUUCAAAUAAUAUGGCUGAAUAUGAAGCUUGCAUAUUGGGGCUUCGACGCGCUAUCGACUUGGAUAUUCAGGAAAUGUUGAUAAUUGGGGAUUCAGACCUAUUGAUCCAUCAGGUCCGAGGCGAAUGGGCUACCAACAAUCGAAAGUUAUUACCAUACUUGGAGUGUGUGCAUAGGUUGUGCAAAAGGAUCAUCAAAGCAGAAUUCAAACAUGUGCCAAGGAUCCAGAAUGAAUUCGCAGAUGCCUUAGCCACCUUGUCCUCCAUGAUUCAACAUCCCGAUCAUAAUUACAUUGAUCCUAUUUACAUCCACAUAUACGAGCAACCACCAUACUGUUUUCAUGUUGAGGAAGAGCCUGAUGGAAAGCCUUUGGAUGCAACAAGUGUACAAAAGCGUACAAUUCGGAGGUUAGCAAAUCAAUUCUUUCUAAGUGGAGAAAUCCUUUAUAGGAAGACUCCCGAUUUGGGGUUGUUAAGGUGCGUCGAAGCUGGAAAAGCCAACAGGUUGUUUGAAGAGAUACAUGUAGGAACAUGUGGUCCUCACAUGAAUGGUUUCACAUUGGCGAAGAAGAUCUUGAGAUCAGGAUAUUUCUGGCUAACUAUGGAGACAGACUCAUGGGGCAUGGACGUCAUAGGUCUAAUCGAGCCAACGACAUCCAAUGGACAUAGAUUCAUUCUGGUUGCAAUUGACUACUUCACUAAAUGGGUCAAAGCCAUCUCUCACAAAUCAGUGACAAAGAAAGUUGUGGAUGAUUUUGUCAAAAAUAAUAUUAUUUGUAGGUUCGAAAUUCCUGAGUCACUCAUCACUGAUAAUGGGACCAACCUAAAUAGUGAUUUGAUGAGGUCAUUGUGUGAGAAAUUCAAGAUCAAUCACCGGAAUUCUACAGCAUAUAGACCACAGAUGAAUGGAGGUGUUGAGGCUGCAAACAAGAACAUCAAGAGGAUAUUGUGCAUGAUGACCGAUAAUCACAAACAUUGGCAUGAAAAAUUACCCUUUGCAUUGAUGGGAUAUCCUGUGAUACCUGCUGAAGUAGAGAUACCAUCUCUAAGAAUUAUUCAGGAAGCAGAGUUAAGUGAUGCUAAAUGGAUACAAGUUCGGGCGGAGAAUCUGGCAUUAAUAGAUGGAAGAAGAGUUAAUGCCAUUUGUCAUGGUCAACUCUAUCAAAAUAAAAUGGCCAGAGCUUUCAACAAGAAGGUUAGACCCAGACAUUUCUCACCUGGGCAACUGGUUCUAAAGCGGAUUUUUUCAAAUCAAGAUAAAGCAAAGGGUAAAUUCUUACCAAACUGGCAGGGUCCAUACAUAGUCUCUCGGGAAUUAACAGGCGGAGCCCUCAUUAUUGUAGAAAUGGAUGGAAAAGUUUGGCCCAAACCUAUCAACUCAGAUGUUGUGAAGAGAUAUUACAUCUAA